UUCUCGAGAGGGACGUUAAACAAUAUUCAGUCAAUCAAUCAAUGGACCAAUGGCCUCUCAAGGUCAUUUUAGAAAGAUGAAUGUCACGCAGAACAGGAAAAACGUUCUUUAUUUCAAGUUUUUUAGUGAUUAAAUAUGGACGUUUUGCAUGUAAUUAAUUUUUUUUUUUUUUACCAAAUUUACUUGUAAUACACGUGCAAGAAAGAUUAGUACAUAGAAGUCAGACUAGUCAAUGAAUAUAACAGAAACAUAAUCUAUCAAUAAGCUUUACCUGUAUAAGCAGGUAGACGAGAGUGGUUGUAUUUCUAGUUUACCAAUAAAAGCUUGUUUAGAAUAUUUUAAAAAAUCUAUUUUUAGGCCAGGCAAUUAGAAUAUAUUUACAUACUUAAGGAUGGGGAAUAUUGAAAGACAGGUCUAAAAUGCCAAUUGUUUGCCAUAUUGAAUUUUGGAUGCCUUGAUAACAGAGCGUUUGUCACAACGGAUGGCAACGGAAGAUGCAUUUUAGUGAAAUCAAUAGGCAACUAAUAGGCAUGUACCGUAUCUAUUUACUACCACUUAUGGAAAUGAUCAAAACUGAUGAAAUCUUUAGUAAGGGGUUGAUCUGAAAACAAUUCACACCUGUGUUAUGAUCUAAAUGAUGAAGACGUGUAUUGCAGCUUGUAUCGUUUGUCUAUGUAGUUGCUGUUAUCCAAACGAGUGCAGCAGGGACGUGUUUCGGUCAUCUCUUGAAUUCAUGGAUAUAUCUGUUCGUAACAACGACCUGUGGUCUGUGAUACCACAGUAUGAAGACAUGGGAGCAUGCGCCAAGAAAUGUGCCUUCUUCUCCAGCUGCCAGUCCUUUACAUAUAACAGAAUAACGAAAUAUUGUCGGGGUCAUUCUGAGAUUUUUGAUGUGCAAUCGAGAGAUUUCAUUCCGGAUCCAGGAGCACAGUACUACUAUUCUAAUGCUCAGAUUCCAACGACACCAAUGACCACAACAACAAAGAAGUCAAGUGGCAAGGGGAGAGGUCAAGCAAUUACGUCACUCGCACCCAACGUUACUGAAGCGGAGCAGUUUCCGUCGUCAACAUUUCAAGUUCCGGAAUCAACCACAACACCUCAAGUUCCGGAAUCAACCACAACACCUCAAGUUCCGGAAUCAACCACAACACCUCAAGUUCCGGAAUCAACCACAACACCUCAAGUUCCGGAAUCAACCACAAUGUCAACCACAAAAUCUGAUGUUCCGGAGUCAACCUCAGCGUCAACUACAACACUUUAAGUUCCAGGGAUAUACACUCCAUCUGAAACUGAAGCGACACAAUAUAACGUAAUAUGCAGUCGUAACACACAGCAUUAGUGUAUGAGAUGAAAACAUUACACGAGAAAACUAACCCAGUCAGAGAGUGCCCUGCCCAGAACUUAAACUUCAUAUUCGUGUUAUUGUAUUAUCUUUCAAGUUCUUAUUAGAAGUGAUAGAAAUGAUUUUCUUUUACCAAAACUGUGCUCUGUUUUUUUUUUAAAAAUAAAAAUGUUUGCAAAAAUUGGUACUUUAACUUUUGAGAAACAAUAUCAGAUCACUUUUUAUACUAUGUACAUAUUCCAACUGACUGCAUAUUUUAUGCACGAAAUAUGAAAAUUUAUUAAUUCGAUGUCUGUUAUGAAAAAUAAGCAAAUAUAGUUUUUUUUAAACUUUACAAUUAAGAUAUGCAUAGAGUCUCAGGAUAGUAGUUAUCAUACUUUAUCCAACUUGGAUAAUUGAUUUAUUCUUGAAUAAUAAUUCAUGAAUGCAUUCAAAAGACUAUAUGUCAAUUAAGUAUAAAACAUCCCUUUCAUUUAUAAUAUCAAAUUCACCAAUUUAAAAGUAAAGAUAUUGCUGUGGUAAGUUUGGAUACGUCAAUAUAUGGGUACCUGUAAAGUGCGAAACGAAACGAAAUCUACC